GUAUUGUGUGUAGAUGGGUGAGAUAUUUUUUAAAUCCAUUUUGAAUUCAGGUUGUAAAACAACAUGUGGAAUAAGUCUAGGGGCAUGAAUUGGUUGUUUUGCUGGUUUUAACUAUUAAUCAUUUGAAAGACUGGCCUGAGGGGAGAGAUGCUUAAGCAACAAGGUGUGGUAUAUGGCCAAUAUACCAUGGCUAAGGGAUGUUCUUAAGCAAGACACAAUGUGGAGUGCCUGGAUACAGCCCUUAGCCAUAGUAUAUUGGCCAUAUACCACAAACCUCUGAGGUGCCUUAUAUACUGGUUACCUACUUAAUUAGAGCAGUAAAAAUACGUUUUGUUAUACCUGUGGUAUACAAGGUCUGAUAUACCACAACUGUCGUCAGCCAAUCAACAUUCAGGGCUCGAAAACAGUAUUUUAUUAUGUAUCUAGCCCAUGGUUUACAGGGGAAGUUGAAGCAAUGUUCUUCCUUUCAGACUGAACUAUUAUGGGAUGUUGUAGCAUACCAAGCAGAAGGCAGUAGCCUAGUACAUUUUAAUCUGGACACAUGGGUCUUUAGAGUUACAGUACUCCACUAGGGGAAACAAACGUGUCCGUUGUAUAGUGAACAGCAGACUCGUUGCCCGUUGGGUUUGCUUUUGAAGUACUAGGAUUUAUACAGAGGCAUGGAAUUAAAAUCGGGGCGUUUGUAUAAGAGGCUGUAGUAGGGUCUUACCAAUGACAGGCUUAUAACGCACGCAGGGGCUCAGAUCGCUGGGUUUCCCUCAUGGUAAAUCGCGCACAAGGCGUGUGAAGGAAUGUCGCAUUUUCACCUCCGGUUGCCUCCAGCUCGUGCAGGGUGCAAACCCGGCAGAUGGGGAUAGCCAUGUCUAUGUAUGUGGGGUGAAUACUGAGAGGGGGUGUGGUCUACUCUAGAUCAAUAACCAUCGGUCGGUAGUCUACUGAAAAAGGCAAAACAGAGUAGUGGCAGCAGAGACGGAGAUCCCUGGUCCAUGCUGGAUUGAUUUUUGAUGCUCUAUCUAUGCUUAGCUCAGACGCACUGUAGAGCUGCAGGAGGAUAUUGGCGACAUAUUUGUUGUGGAUCGGUACUCAGAAAGACUAAGUCCUGUAAUAACUGUUUGCGUUUGGUUUCAGACAAGACGUAGCUACAGUGGAUUUUCUCUUAUGAGUUGUGAAGGAAUAACAAUGAUCCAUUUACCCGGAGACUAUUUGUCCUGGAGCUCAAUUAACAAGUGAUAUGUUAAAUAUCUUCUAUAUACGAGGGAAAAGACAGCCGUAUUGCAUUUGUAAGGUUCUCCUAUUUUCAAGAUUGGGGCUACCUCCCAUAACUGGGCUUUGUGUGUGAGAGACUGACGAGAGCAGUCCAUUGAAUUGCGCUGCCUGCAUCUAAACGCUGUCAAAGAGUUUCACGAGACAAGACCUGCCAAGAUCUGUAGGAGUGAUUCCAGAAGACUGUGUUGGAUCCUCCUCAUUAUGAACACUGAGGAGCUGAACUGCCACUAGCUCUGAUCAGACAGGAUGAAUGACAGACAGAGAGGAGGGGUGCACACGGUGGAGGCAGAUGUCAUCUUCCACCACCCCGUCUGCUCGGACCUCCUCUCCUCCCCCUCGGAUGAGGAUGGGGGUGUCUGUUCCCUCCCAAGGAAGCAGGAGGCGAGCACUAAUGUUCCAGACCUGGGAUUCGUACUGGGCGACCAGGGACUCUGUCGACAGAGCACACCAGUUACAAAGGAGUACUUGUUGGAUGGUGGUACGGUGAUUGGGCAUCAUCACUUUGACCGUCCACAGGGUGAUGGAUCACACAUCUCAAAUACAGAUCAGUUUCACAUUACGGAUCCUUCUCAUCAAGCACAUACAUCUCACAUACCCAAGCUUGAUGCUGGUAGAGACCAGAACUGUACUCAUGGCAGAAACGGUAUCAGUGAGGAUAUGAAUGGAGCGAGGGCCAAAGUGCCCUGCAGUGUGGGUCCCUCUCUAUGCUUCAAGGGAGAGGCCAGAGAGGAAGCGGAAGGGUCUCUGUCCCUCUGUAGAGAGAGCAUAGUGAGGAGUCAGUGUCACAUCACAAACGUCACUGACUCCCGGGAGCAGGGGACCGCUGCGCCUGACACUCAUUGUAUCACCAUGGGCAACCAGCCAACCAUACAAGAGCUGGGGUGCUUGUUCAGCCACAGCUCUCCCACAGAAUAUGACACAUUGCAUGGACAGUCAGGGCUUGAGUCGAACCAAGAACACAGGGGCAGUAGUGGCCAUGGUAGGGUCAGUAACACAACGCCUAAAGAGGAGCCAGAUUUAGUGAUUGAAGUCGGUGGCCAGAAAAUAAGUGUUCACAAGUCUGUUCUGGCCGGGAAGAGUGACUAUUUCAAGGCUCGUCAGUCAAGAGACAUCCUAAAAGUGAAAGGGCUGAACUACAAGACCCUGACCAUCCUGAUAGACUAUAUCUACACCUCUCAGAUGAAUGUGCACAAGGACAAUGUGGUAGAGGUGAUCACAGGAGCUAAGAUUUUACAGAUCCCAUGUGCUGUCCAGGCUGCUAUGGAUACCAUCUCAGAGCAGGUCACAGCAGAGAACUGUUAUGAGAUUCUAACUAUCGCCAAGAAGCAACGACUCAACGAACUGAAAGAGACGGCCUAUCGCUUCAUGAGUGACAACUUCCUCCAGAUCUUGCAGGACCCAGCGGUGUAUGGACAUCUGACUGGGUCGGAGAGGGAUCUGGUCCUGAAGAAGAGAAUGGAGGGGAAGAGGUCCCUGAUGGUCGCUGAGAUCAACGAUGUGUUUGACCGUGUCGGGAGCCGACCUCCGAGUCGGUGUAACAGUCGACCACAGAGCCCUCUGUCCGUGGCAUCCUUCGAGGAGAACCACAUGAUUUACUACUUCAACGAGGCAGCCAAUGACUGGAGACCUCUGACUCUGAUGCCGGAGGACAUUAACACUAAGGGCUGUGGGAUCUGCACCAUGUACAACUACCUGUUUGUGGCUGGUGGGAUAAAGGGAUAUGGGGAUAAGGGCAAGGUCUCAGACAAGGUGUUCUGUUACAACCCCAUCACUAACCGCUGGAGCGAGGUUCGGCCGCUCAACCAGGCGCGGUCGCAGCUCAAGCUAGUGUCUAUGGAGGGUAACUUGUAUGCCAUAGGAGGGGAGUGUUUGUUCACAGUAGAAAAAUACGACCCUCGGACUGAUAGAUGGACCACAGUGGCUCCCUUACCCAAAGGGGCGUUCGCUGUGGCCCAUGAAGCCACCACCUGUAAUGGAGAGCUCUACGUCUCUGGAGGGUCUCUGUUCUACCGUCUCCUAAAAUAUGACCCCAAGAGGGACGAGUGGCAGGAGUGCCCCUACAACAACAGCAGGAAAAAGUCAACCGACAUGGUGGCUCUGAAAAGCUUCAUCUACAGGUUUGACGUCAACCGUGACCAGGGGGUCACUGUGUUCAAGUACGACACCAUAGUGAAAAUGUGGCAUGACUGCGCAUCGCAGCGGCAGGGCAGCCCUAUGCCGUUCAGGUGUGCCGUCAUCGGAAACUGCAUCUAUUGUGUGAACAAGACUCAGACUCUGCAGUUUGUGGUGGAGGAGGACGGCUCUUACUUUGUAGAUGAACCACUCAAGCCACCACUGGAAGCUAAGGGCAUACUGUUCCCUUUCAUCCUCAGUCUGCCUGAGAAGACUGACAGAUUGAUGUGAUGUGACCAUGGAUCACUGAUGCUACGUUACAGAUGCCCAUCAAUGUAAUAUAGUGGGCCUUAAAAUAAGAUGAACAUUUUUCACCUUUCUUUCCCCCUGUCCAGUGUUCCUGCUCGUAAUGGAAUGUGUUUCUUUGCAUGGCGAGUUAACAGGACAAGCCUUAACAAGGACUACUUUUACAUGUUGAAUGAGAGCAACCAGAAAUGCAUCUGACUCUACAUAAUGAGAUAAUGACACACAUAGUCGUUUUUGUUUGUUGUUGCAUUUCCCUGUGUUCAGUUUUGUAUUGUGUACUUUUGCAAUUGCAGAUAGUUAGAAUAGAUAUUGUUUUGAAUAUUGUUUGCUGGCUGGUGGCUUUUAGCCAAAAAUCGAACCGCAGAGAUGGAAUAGUCUGAAUGAGGGGACAGUUGAAGUAUGUGACUGACACAGCUGGCACGCACAGGUCCGAUACGCAAAUUACACAAGCAAACCCAUAAACAACGCAAGGCCUGCUACGGCGGUGAUGUCUGCUCUAUGAAGGAACAGUGGGAGGGCUAUAACAUUCACACAGCCCCCAGGCCUGAUACCAGAACUGCCCUUGACAUUACUUCACAAGGCCAUUGACCAGCAGGAGCACAAUAAGCCACAUGUAUCUUCUACAAUAAUUAUAUUCUACUAUUAUAGAUCAUCAAUGAAUAAUGUUGAAGAGCACCAAGCAAUUACAUUUUAAUACAUUACUACUGGCCACACACUGGUUGAAUCAACGUUGUUUCUACGUAAUUUCAAUUAAAUUACAUUGAACCAACGUGAAAUAGACGUUGAAUUGACGUCUGUGCCCAGUGGGUUAGGUUCAAAACCAGUACCCACCUAUUUAUUCAAAACUACUACCCAACUAUUCAUUCAGAACCAUUAACCAGCCUUCCAGGUUGUGUCAAAGACAACACUCUACCCGCACAUACAAUUGAGUUGAGUUUCAACACACUAGAAACAAGGUGAAUUAUUGCAGCAUAAGAAUGGUUCUGAUUCUGUGGAUCGGGUUAGGUUCCUGAGUUUGAUUGAAACAGGCCCUAGGUGUGCACUGAUGUUUACAGAAUGCCGGAUUGAGUCAGCAUUACGGUAGAUAUGAGGGAUGGUGGUCACUGCUUACUGCUCAUUCUUACGCUUCAUUUACACCGACAGCGUCAUUGCAUUUUGGUACACCAGAAUUACAUUCAUUUCCGAUGGAACCCUGUGUUUGCCUUGCAACAUUGCGUUACAGAGGCAGUUGCAGUGCGUUCGGUGUGAUGUAUAUGUUGGAUUUAUCGAAUGUAUGCGUCAAAUUGUAUGCGUAGCCGGUUUGACAGAAAUGAUAGCAGAAGAUGAAUUGUUGCACACAUAUCCAGAUGAUGCUGCGUACCAUUUUGCACAACGACACUGUAGGUUUGAUCGGGCACCACACUCACUGCUACUUUGGUAUUUUAUUAGGAUCCCCAUUAGCUGUUGCAAAAGCAGCAGCUACUCUUCCUGGGGUUCACACAAAACAUGACACAUAAUACAGAAUGACAUAAUACAGAACAUCAAUAGACAAGAACAGCUGAAGGACAGAACUACACAUCAUUUUCUUUUUAAAGGCACACGUAGCUACUCUGUUCUUUAACAUUCUUCAGAGAAGUGAGGAGUCAUUUCUCGUAUGCAGGCCAGGGGAAUUUGCCAUAGUCCUACCGAUAAUGAAGAUGCUAUUAUGUUGUCAUCUCCCACAAGUAUUUGAUGAGCCAGCCAGAAAGACUGUGACCGUCAUACACAGUAUGUCAUUUCAGAUGCUCUUCAACUGUCUCUCAAGUACUUGACUAUUGCAGUAUAAUUUCCGAUGAUGAAGACGUUUGCCCAUAUUAGAUUAUGUAUAUCUCCUUUGGUGUGUAGCCUGUCCCUUUAUAAUGCAUUUAAUCAUCUCGUCCACACAGCAAUUAGUCGGAAGAAUAUUUUGCAUCAACUUCAGCUCAGUGUUCAUCUGUUCUGUUAAAAUAUGCCUAAUCCCUUUUACAUUUACAAUAUUGGAAAUGGGUCCAAUAGCACUCCAUCUCCUUGCGCUUUCUUAGAAAUUUGACAUAUUUCUUUGCUUUUAGCAAUAAUACACCAGUUGGGAGUUUUGUUAAUACGUUGGAUUGAUUCAGUGGAAUUUAUUUGGUGAACAAAAUGCUACUACUACUUUUGGUAACAGUAUCCUUGAGAGGCUGUUGUAACUGUGAUGACUGAGUAGAUGUGGACUUAUUCGUCUGGUAUUUUGCUGGCUGCCGUCAGUGUGUAGUGAAGCUUUUACAGACUGUUGGUUUUGGAUGAUAAAUGCUUGAAAGUACAGUGUUGGUUGAAGGCUUUCUUACUGCUAAUUAGCAUAUUAAAUAACAGCUAACAAACUAACUGUUGAAUGAUGUAUUUCAGUCAAAACUAAGUGCUGCAAAUAAAAUAUUUAGUGUUUGAAAAAAGUUUCAGUAUAAUUUUCUAUAGUGUGUUUUGCAGUAUGGAUGGAGAGGUCCUUAUCACUGACAAAUUAUUAUCCUUAUAAUAAUGAGAUUUUCUUGGUACAGAAGCGCCAACUACUGGACAGUGAUUGUAAGUAACACUGUCACAAUGCCCUGUGCUUGUCAUUUCUCUCUUGAAUGAAAACAGAUGAAUUGACAAAUAAUAUCAGCCAUAACUGAGUUCUGUAUUAAUACAUUAUUGUAUUUGCUACAUUUCUUCUCUCCUAUACAGUGCUGAGGCAGAACGUUGGUGGUGUUGAAGCCACUAAAGCUGGGUGACUUCAGCAGGUCCUGCUGUCUCGGCAUCAUCUCCACUGUACACCUCAGGUCUACUGUCAAAACGUAGUCUUAGAGAAGCUGGGUGACUUCAGCAGGUCCUGCUGUCUCGGCAUCAUCUCCACUGUACACCUCAGGUCUACUGUCAAAACGUAGUCUUAGAGAAGCUGGGUGACUUCAGCAGGUCCUGCUGUCUCGGCAUCAUCUCCACUGUACACCUCAGGUCUACUGUCAAAACGUAGUCUUAGAGAAGCUGGGUGACUUCAGCAGGUCCUGCUGUCUCGGCAUCAUCUCCACUGUACACCUCAGGUCUACUGUCAAAACGUAGUCUUAGAGAAGCUGGGUGACUUCAGCAGGUCCUGCUGUCUCGGCAUCAUCUCCACUGUACACCUCAGGUCUACUGUCAAAACGUAGUCUUAGAGAAGCUGGGUGACUUCAGCAGGUCCUGCUGUCUCGGCAUCAUCUCCACUGUACACCUCAGGUCUACUGUCAAAACGUAGUCUUAGAGAAGCUGGGUGACUUCAGCAGGUCCUGCUGUCUCGGCAUCAUCUCCACUGUACACCUCAGGUCUACUGUCAAAACGUAGUCUUAGAGAAGCUGGGUGACUUCAGCAGGUCCUGCUGUCUCGGCAUCAUCUCCACUGUACACCUCAGGUCUACUGUCAAAACGUAGUCUUAGAGAAGCUGGGUGACUUCAGCAGGUCCUGCUGUCUCGGCAUCAUCUCCACUGUACACCUCAGGUCUACUGUCAAAACGUAGUCUUAGAGAAGCUGGGUGACUUCAGCAGGUCCUGCUGUCUCGGCAUCAUCUCCACUGUACACCUCAGGUCUACUGUCAAAACGUAGUCUUAGAGAAGCUGGGUGACUUCAGCAGGUCCUGCUGUCUCGGCAUCAUCUCCACUGUACACCUCAGGUCUACUGUCAAAACGUAGUCUUAGAGAAGCUGGGUGACUUCAGCAGGUCCUGCUGUCUCGGCAUCAUCUCCACUGUACACCUCAGGUCUACUGUCAAAACGUAGUCUUAGAGAAGCUGGGUGACUUCAGCAGGUCCUGCUGUCUCGGCAUCAUCUCCACUGUACACCUCAGGUCUACUGUCAAAACGUAGUCUUAGAGAAGCUGGGUGACUUCAGCAGGUCCUGCUGUCUCGGCAUCAUCUCCACUGUACACCUCAGGUCUACUGUCAAAACGUAGUCUUAGAGAAGCUGGGUGACUUCAGCAGGUCCUGCUGUCUCGGCAUCAUCUCCACUGUACACCUCAGGUCUACUGUCAAAACGUAGUCUUAGAGAAGCUGGGUGACUUCAGCAGGUCCUGCUGUCUCGGCAUCAUCUCCACUGUACACCUCAGGUCUACUGUCAAAACGUAGUCUUAGAGAAGCUGGGUGACUUCAGCAGGUCCUGCUGUCUCGGCAUCAUCUCCACUGUACACCUCAGGUCUACUGUCAAAACGUAGUCUUAGAGAAGCUGGGUGACUUCAGCAGGUCCUGCUGUCUCGGCAUCAUCUCCACUGUACACCUCAGGUCUACUGUCAAAACGUAGUCUUAGAGAAGCUGGGUGACUUCAGCAGGUCCUGCUGUCUCGGCAUCAUCUCCACUGUACACCUCAGGUCUACUGUCAAAACGUAGUCUUAGAGAAGCUGGGUGACUUCAGCAGGUCCUGCUGUCUCGGCAUCAUCUCCACUGUACACCUCAGGUCUACUGUCAAAACGUAGUCUUAGAGAAGCUGGGUGACUUCAGCAGGUCCUGCUGUCUCGGCAUCAUCUCCACUGUACACCUCAGGUCUACUGUCAAAACGUAGUCUUAGAGAAGCUGGGUGACUUCAGCAGGUCCUGCUGUCUCGGCAUCAUCUCCACUGUACACCUCAGGUCUACUGUCAAAACGUAGUCUUAGAGAAGCUGGGUGACUUCAGCAGGUCCUGCUGUCUCGGCAUCAUCUCCACUGUACACCUCAGGUCUACUGUCAAAACGUAGUCUUAGAGAAGUAACACUGUUGGCUCCUCCUAUUUGACAAUUGAUAUUGAAAUAUUAUGAGUAAAUGUACAUUUUAUCAUUAGGACUAGUAGUUUUUCCUGACCAUAACCUUUUUCUUGGUUGAGUCACGUGGUCAGGAAAAACUUGUGCCAUCAAUAAUGUAUGAUGAAACAAAAUAUGUUGUUAGAUAUAUUCUUAACCCUCAUAUGGAAGAACUACAGGUACCAGUGUGCUCCCUCAGAGAAAGGAGGCACUGCAUGAUUUCCUGCGUGGAGCGGUCGAUGGUGACGUUCAUGAUGCUCGUACAUGUCUGUCUAGUUGAGCGCUUGGCCAGGGGGAUGAAGGUCAGAACAAAACAGGCUGCCACGUUCAAUGCCCCCGCAACCACAAAGCCCAGGUUGUAGCUUCCUGUCAUGUCAUUCAUCCUACCUGACCGGGACAACAACAAAUGUAUGACUGAGACUUUAAACAACAAGGGUAUGACUGAGACUUCAAACAACAAGGGUAUGACUGAGACUUCAAACAACAAGGGUAUGACUGAGACUUCAAACAGCAAGGGUAUGACUGAGACUUCAAACAGCAAGGGUAUGACUGAGACUUCAAACAGCAAGGGUAUGACUGAGACUUCAAACAACAAGGGUAUGACUGAGACGUCAAACAACAAGGAUAUGACUGAGACUUCAAACAACAAGGGUAUGACUGAGACUUCAAACAACAAGGGUAUGACUGAGACUUCAAACAGCAAGGGUAUGACUGAGACUUCAAACAGCAAGGGUAUGACUGAGACUUCAAACAACAAGGGUAUGACUGAGACUUCAAACAACAAGGGUAUGACUGAGACUUCAAACAACAAGGGUAUGACUGAGACUUCAAACAGCAAGGGUAUGACUGAGACUUCAAACAGCAAGGGUAUGACUGAGACUU